UUCUGUCACCACCAGGAUCUUAAUGCUUAUAAAAAACAAGGAAUGGCCUUGCUUUCCAAGAUGGGAGAAUCAGUCAAAUAUGUCACAGGAAGCUAUAAAUUAAGAAGUCGACCAUUGGAGUUUGCAGCCAUUGGUGACUACCUGGAUACGUUUUCUCUGAAGCUUGGAACUAUUGAUAGGAUAGCACAGAGGAUAAUAAAGGAGGAAGUUGAAUAUCUGGUGGAAUUGCGAGAGUAUGGUCCUGUAUACUCAACCUGGAGUGGGUUAGAAAAGGAGCUGUCAGAACCUCUGGAAGGAGUGUCUGCCUGCAUUGGGAAUUGUUCUACUGCUCUUGAGGAACUGAGUGAAGACAUGACAGAGGACUUCUUGCCUGUUCUAAGAGAGUAUAUCCUGUACUCGGAGUCCAUGAAGGUAACAUAGGACUUGUGUGAGGCA